CAGGAUCCUACGAAACAACUCGAAUCUGGAUCCUCCCUCUGGGUUGGACAUACAUAUUACUCCUGCUCUGACUUCUUCUGUUCUAGGGAGGUGGGAUUGAAGCAUAUACAGUCAUGUCGUCGCAAAAGAGAGUUGAGAACACCCAGGCAGAAAGCAGAACUUCACAAGGUAGUAAUAGUUAUCAGACCAGCCUUUUAGCCUGGAAAAUAAAACAGAAUCCAAGUGACUCAAAGAACAUCUCAAAACAUGUACAAAACAAUUCAGUGGAAGAUGAUGAGCAUGCUGAUGAUGCAGCUGAAGAUGCUCUGCAAAUAGCAAUGGGAUACUUUGAGAAAGGUCCCAUUAAGAUUUCACAGAGCAAAGAUAAAACCCUGGAAAAACACUUGAAAACUGUGGAAAACGUGGCUUGGAAGAGUGGGUUAGCUCCAAAAGGAAUUGACAUUCUAUUAAAUGUGGCACUCAGUGGCAAAUUUGGAAAUACUGUAAACACACGGAUAUUGAGGUGCAUGAUUCCAGCAACUCUAAUAUCAGAAGAUUCUGUGGUUAAGGCAGUCUCCUGGCUUUGUGUUGGCAAGUGUUCUGGUAGCACCAAGGUACUUUUUUAUCGUUGGCUGAUUGCAAUGUUUGACUUCAUUGAUCAUAAGGAGCAAAUUAACUUGCUGUAUGGCUUCUUUUUUGCUUCAUUGCAAGAUGAUGCACUGUGUCCUUAUGUCUGCCAUUUGUUAUAUUUGCUUACCAAAAAAGAGAAUGUCCAACCAUUUCGUGUGCGAAAACUGCUUGAUCUUCAAACCAAAAUGGGAAUGCAGCCUCACAUCCAGGCUUUGUUGUCACUAUAUAAGUUCUAUGCUCCUACUCUGAUUUCUGUGUUUUUGCCUGCAAGGAGGAAGAUCUAUUUUAAGAAUUCAGAGAAUCUGUGGAAGACAGCUCUGCUUGCUGUGAGACAAAGAAACCAGGGACCUUCUCCAGAACCUCUGAAGCUGAUGUUAGGUCCAGCUAAUGUUCGUCCUCUAAAAAGAAGAUGGAGUUCUCACUCAGCUAUACCAGUGCUCAAUUCCUGUAACUACACUAAAGAAAGUGGAAAAAAAGAAAUGAGUCUUUCUGAUUUUCUUAGUAGCAAUGGAUCAUUUCCACUAGAACAACUUCAAAGUUUCCCUCAGCUUUUACAGAACAUCCAUUGUUUAGAGCUGCCUUCUCAGAUGGGCUCUGUGCUAAACAAUUCUCUGUUGCUUCACUAUAUUAACUGUGUCAAGGAUGAGCCAGUCUUACUGAGAUUCUAUUUCUGGUUGAGUCAAACAUUGCAAGAAGCAUGUAUUUGGUACAAGGUGAAUAAUUAUGAACAUGGAGAAGAAUUUACCAACUUCCUGGAUACUAUCAUCAGGGCAGAGUGCUUCUUACAAGAGGGGUUUUAUUCCUGUGAAGCAUUCCUGUAUAAGAGCCUUCCUCUCUGGGAUGGCCGCUAUUGUAGGUCACAGUUCCUUCAGCUUGUGAGCUGGAUUCCUUUUAGUAGCUUCUCUGAGGUGAAACCACUUCUUUUUGACCAUCUAGCACAGCUUUUCUUUACAUCAACCAUUUAUUUCAAGUGUAGUGUUCUUCAGAGUCUGAAAGAGCUACUGCAGAAUUGGCUGUUGUGGCUGUCUAUGGAUAUCCACAUGAAAUCUGUGGUGAACAGUCCUCUAGAGACAACUUUGGGUGGAUCCCUGAACUCUGUGUCUAAAUUGAUUCACUAUGUAGGGUGGCUGUCCACUUCUGCAAUGCGCUUGGAGAGCAACAGUACUUUCUUGCUGCACUUUAUUUUGGAUUUCUAUGAGAAGGUAUGUGACAUAUAUAUAAAUUAUAACCUUCCACUAGUGGUGUUGUUUCCCCCUGGGAUCUUCUAUUCUGCACUGCUUAGCCUGAAUACCAGUAUCCUGAACCAGUUGUGCUAUAUUAUGCACAGGUAUCGUCAAAAUUUGACUGCUGCAAAGAAAAAUGAGUUGGUACAAAAGGCAAAAUCAGAGUUCAAUUUCAGCAGCAAGACCUAUCAAGAAUUUAAUUACUACUUAACAGCCAUGGUCGGUUGCCUGUGGACAUCCAAACCUUUUGAAAAAGGAAUACUUAUUGACCUCAAAAUCCUAGAAAAAGCAGGAGUAACAGAAUAUAAAAACAGUUUAAGUUUAGUUUAUCACCCUUCUCUAUUGAGUUAUGCUGUUUCCUUUUUGCUACAGGAAAGCCCAGAAGAAAGAACAGUAAACAUGAGCUCUAUUCGGGGAAAGAAAUGGAACUGGUAUUUGGACUAUUUAUUUUCAGAGGGGUUGCAAGGCUUGAAACUUUUCAUAAGAAGUAGUAUUCAUCGUUCUUCUGUUCCUUGA